AUGGUACAUGACAAAUCGAUUAGUGAAGGAACAUGGGAAAAUGAAGGUUUAUUAAUGCAUCAAGAGUUCUCAAAGAUGUCAGACUUCUUGGGUAAACCAGAGAAAGAAAGUGAUUCAUCAAAAUAUCAAUGUAAUAAUCCUAAUUCAUCCUCAUCUGAUGAAUCAGACAGAAAUAAAGAAAACAAGUAUACUAAAAAGAUAGCAUCUACCCGAUCAAGAAAAAUAUGUUAUGAAUAUCUCAUAGGCGAAGUUGCUGGAAACACAUGGGAUGAGUGCAUUGACAAAACUAGCAAAGAUAAAAAAAAACUGAUGCGAUUCUUCCUUCGGUUAUAUGUACUUGAUAAGCCAUGUUAUGGUUUAUAUAGAGUAAAAGAAGUAGAAAGAAUACAACUUCCAGUUAAGGAAGAGAACAAUGAGAAAAUCAUAGAAGUGUUCAAAAAUAUUAUUAUACUUCUUGAGCCUUUUAAUUAUCUUUUAGCGUAUCCUGGUAAAGAAAUUAGAACUAAAUUAAUCGAUGCAUUUGAUUAUUGGCUUAAGGUUCCAAAAGAUCAAUUAAAAAUUAUAGCAAAGUUGGUAGAAAUGUUGCAUACUGCCAGUCUUUUAAUUGAUGAUGUUGAAGACGAUUCUACUUUACGACGAGGAGUUCCAGUUGCACAUUCUAUUUAUGGCAUACCUUCAACAAUUAAUUGUGCAAAUUAUGUAUAUUUUUUGGCAUUAAAUGAACUAUCGAAACUUAAUAAUUCAAAUGUUUUCCAUAUUUUUACAGAGGAAUUAUUAAAUUUACAUCGUGGUCAAGGAAUGGAGCUUUAUUGGAGAGAUACAUUUACAUGUCCAACAGAGGAAGAAUUUAUUGGAAUGGUUUCAAAUAAAACUGGGGGUUUAUUACGUCUUGGGGUUAGAUUGAUGCAAGAAUUUAAUUAUGUUGAAUUAGUGAGUAUUAUCGGUAUUCAUUUCCAAAUAAGAGAUGAUUAUAUGAAUUUACAAUCUGAAAAGUAUGCCGAUAACAAAGGGUUUUGUGAAGAUUUAACUGAAGGAAAGUUUUCUUUUCCAAUUAUACAUUCACUUCAUAAAGAUCCUAACAACAGACAAUUAUUCAAUAUAUUAAAGCAACACACAACAUCAAUUGAGUUAAAGCAUCAUGCUAUUAAACUAAUGAAAGAUACAAAUUCAUUCGAGUACACAAAGAAUUAUCUGGCAAAAACUGAAAAAGAGGCAAAAGACGAAGUUGAAAGAUUAGGCGGAAAUCCUAUGUUGGAAAAACUUAUUGAUACUUUAAGUGUUAAAGAUCAAUAG